GAUCUGCAGAGACAGGUGGGUGUCCCAGGGAGGAAGACUUGACCGGAGGAGCCCCCUGUUCCUGGUGGGGCAAUGUUUCUGAGCAAGUGUGAGGGAGAGCCAGCUGAGGCAAGGCCCCCAGGGUCCUCGGAAGCUGAAGAGGCCCCCAAGAAGAAACACAGGAGGAACCGCACGACCUUUACAACCUUCCAGCUUCAUCAGCUGGAGAGGGCCUUUGAGCGCUCCCACUACCCUGAUGUCUACAGCCGAGAGGAGCUGGCCACACAAGUGAACCUUCCUGAGGUUCGGGUGCAGGUCUGGUUCCAGAAUCGUCGGGCCAAAUGGCGACGUCAGGAGAAGCUGGAGGCCAGCUCUGCGGCAGUAGCAGCAGCAGCUGCCACCAAGCUUCCAGAGGCCCCCAUGUUGGCCUUUGCUCGGCCUCCGCCAACUGCCUCGCUCCCCCUGGACCCUUGGCUGACCUCAGGUCCCCCAGCCAUGCAUGCCCUCCCAGGCUUUCUGGGACCAAGGCCUGGUCUACAACCCACCUAUGGGCCUCACACCUUCCUCCACACAUCCUCAGGACCCCCUCCUUUUGGAGAGGCCUUUGGUCCCCUGGUAGAAACUGGGGAUGCCCACACUCGAAGCUCCAGCAUUGUCUCUCUUUGUUUUCGGGCUAAGGAGCAUGUCCAGACUCUUGAUAGGACCUGGCAGCCUCUCUGA